GAAAAAACAGACGCUCUUUAACUCAGGCUGCCUGGAAGUCACAAGGCGGGGGAAUCGCGAUAGGAAAAUAAGAGAUUUGCUGGGAAAGCAAAAGUUUGAGCAGAAAUCCCCAGGACCUUUUACUUUCACUUUCAGAGCUGUUGAGCUUCGUGGCCGCGGCUGCUUUGGCAAGACCUUCGGCAGCAGACGGAGACUUUCGCUGCGCCCCCCAUCCCCUUCCCCUUCCACCUUCGCUUGUUUCAGCUGGAAACCAUCCGAAGAAGAAAACAGCGAGUGGCGGGGGGAAGACUCAUGGGGCCUAUCUCCAGAAACGAUGCCUUGGGAAAAUGGAUUGCAAGAACCCAGGAUCCACUGCAGGGAGGAGGGAAUAAAAACUGAGGUGUGUCCAGCAGCUGCAGGUAAACAGUCUUCACGGGCCUCGUCUCACGAUCAUGGAACUGAUUUUUACUAGCAUAAUCUUUGCAAUCCAUCUGCUCUGCUCGGAAGCGUGCCUCGAUGGGGAGUAUGAAAUUAACGGAGGGUGUUGUCCUAUGUGCGGUCCAGGAUACAGAGUUUCCAAAACUUGCACCUCUUCCACCAGUACAAGCUGCCUCCCGUGUACAGAGGGGACAUACAUGGACCACCCACACGGCCUGACCACUUGCUUUCCAUGUCGAAACUGUGAUUCAGGAUCCAACCUGACGAUUAAAGAAAAAUGUACUUAUACCAAGAACUCAGCGUGUUCCUGUGCUUCGGGCUACUACUGCACACAUCAUACUGGUGAAGACUGUGACUCGUGUCAAAAACACACUGUUGCCCAGCCGGGAUAUAGGGUGACACAGGCUGGCACAGAAACCACGGAUACCCAGUAUGAGCCUUGUCCACAUGGCACCUUUUCAACAGAAGCCAUGUCCUCCUCUUGCACACCAUGGACCAACUGCAGCAAAUCAGGCGGAACAGAAGAAACGGCUGGAACAGACAUUUCUGAUGUCGUUUGCAAAAAACCACUUGUAGAGGGCGACAAAGGCAGCAAUGGUCAUAUAAUAGCAAUUAUAAUCGCUAGUCUCUUGGCUCUGUCAACUGCUCUCGCAAUAGCUCUCUUCUUGUGGAGAAGAAAGAGGACGUGUGAAGGUGCUAAGCUGGAGCUCUCAAACAUCGGUGUGGCUUUUCAGUUAAGCAAGUUUGGCUACCCCUGCGUUAUGCUGGUCUUCCGUGCAUUUGAGAACUGCUUGGAGAAGUCACAGGCUCCUCUGCAUCCCAUAUUUGGCCACCAGCUGAGAAUAUACGUGCCCUACCCACACGCACCGUUAACGGCUUUAGCAGUCAUGCAAGGGCAUUUUGGACACAGGCACACUCUGUCAAAGCAGACAGUGCCCAAUUAA